AACAGCGCAACAGCAGCAUCCGGAAGUAACGCGCCCAUUUGAGAAAAAUAAGCGUAGAUCUGCACAGAUCAGACAGGUUAAAGUAGAUAUUUUUUGUAGUAAAUCUCUUUAGAAGAUGCAGUCGGACACUUUGCUGCACGUCGCCAACUUUAGCACUCUGUUUAUGUGCAUGGUGUUGAAGUUUCCUCAGAUCUUCGUGCUGAUGAGAGCCAAGAGUGCGAGCGGAGUGAGCCUGCACAGCCUUCUUCUGGAGCUCAUCGGGUUCAUUGUUUUUGUAACCUACCAGAUGUACUACGACUACCCACCUCCCACAUACCUGGAGUACCCCAUUCUCAUCGCUCAAGAUGUCAUUCUCCUGCUCCUGAUUCUUCACUACAAUGGCAGCCUGCGGCAGAGCCUCAUCUACGCCUUCCUCUUCGUUGGAGGCUGGAGGCUCCUCACUGUGGAGAAGUGGAUCAUAGAUCUGGCUAUGAGCUUCUGCACGUUCAUUAGUGCUGCCAGCAAGUUUGCCCAGCUGCAGUGCCUGUGGAGGUCCAAGGAUGCUGCUCAGGUGAGCGCCAUCACCUGGGCCAUGGCCACCUACACGUGCUUUGCGCGCAUAUACACCACCAUGGUGACAACCGGAGACACGCAGGUGCUGGUACGGUUUGCAGUCAUGACCCUGCUGAACCUGUGGGUAAUGCUCACCGUCAUCUACUACCAAAGAGCCAGCAGAUCUAAGAAGAGGGAUUAAAUCUGCAGCGGCGACAGAUUCCACCUGGAAGAUGAUGCUUCCGAUUACGGGAUCGCUUUAGGAGCCGUUUACAACCAAACUGUUGUUAAAUUGAUGCUUUUCCAUGUAAACCCCACACCUCCUAAUGUUACAUUCCACACCCCCAUGAAGUCUUUAAUACUGUGAGUGUAAAUGUGUUUCAAAGAAUCUAUGAGUGACCAACUCAGGAAGAAAUACUGUAUUUUUAAUAACAUUUAUACUGUCAAGAUUUUUUUACCAAAUAAAUGAAAAAUUUAACCUUUUUACAAGAAGUGCGAGUCCAAAUAAUCCAAAACCCGGAACACAUCCAUGUCUUUAUUGUUGAAGUGGUUACUAUCAAUAUAGAGCUGUUUGGUAGCAAACAUGCAUUUUGGAUGUCAAGCCCUUAAAUACACAGUGGACAAGGCCGCAUAAAUAACAAAAUGUGCAUGGUAUGACGUAUAAAAUAUAUACUGUGGACAUUUAUAUGUAUAAAACAUGCGUCUUGGUUAAAGGAGAGCUCCCUCUCCACCUUCUAUACGAGUCACAUACACACCGCGUGGCCAAACUCAGCGUUUGGUUACCUUUAAUACAAAAAUAUCAGGACAAACAAUAAAAAUAAAGAACUUUUUUGGACGAGUGCUGCUCAGUUUUUUUUUUUUUCCUGCAGAUGUGUUUGGAUAGUGACGCAUUUUCUUAAAUCGGCUUCAUUUUUUAAUUUUUAGCCCCCCAAAAAAGUCUAAAUGUGUGAUUAAUCAGAGCAGUUGGU